AUGAAAUCAAUCAAGAUAUUGUUGAACAUAAUAAGUCGUCGAUGCUGGGUUAGAGAUGAUAAAUUGGGGUGGAUCGGUGCUGAGAUCACAAAGCAUACAACACUAAGCAAUAAACAUCAAUUGGAAUUGAGUAUAGAUUCAAAUGAUGAUAAAUUGGAAAUUGAAGUGGAUUCUCUUGAUGAAUCAAAUGAAAAUUUACCAUUAUUAAGAAAUCCUCCAAUUUUAGAAGCUACAGAAGAUUUAACUUCAUUAUCUUAUUUAAAUGAACCUGCUGUGCUUCAUGCUAUCAAAGUUAGAUAUUCUCAAUUAAAUAUUUAUACUUAUUCUGGGAUUGUCUUGAUUGCAACUAAUCCAUUCCAAAGAGUUGAUCAAUUUUAUUCUUCUGAUAUCAUCCAAGCUUACUCUGGGAAAAGAAGAGGUGAACAAGAUCCUCAUUUAUUCGCUAUUGCUGAAGAUGCUUAUAGAUGUAUGAAGAAUGAUAAACAAAAUCAAACUAUAGUUGUUAGUGGUGAAUCUGGUGCUGGUAAAACUGUUUCUGCUAAAUAUAUAAUGAGAUAUUUUGCCACAGUGGAGGAAAUUACAAAUAGUGAUAAUACUGCUCUGGGUUCAAAUUCAAAUAAUGUGGAAAUGUCUGAAGUUGAACAACAAAUUUUAGCAACAAAUCCAAUCAUGGAAGCUUUUGGUAAUGCUAAAACUACAAGAAAUGAUAAUUCUUCACGUUUUGGUAAAUAUUUAGAAAUCCUGUUUAAUGAUAAAACUGCAAUCAUUGGUGCAAGAAUAAGAACUUAUUUAUUAGAACGUUCAAGAUUAGUUUUCCAACCAAAACAUGAACGUAAUUAUCAUAUUUUUUAUCAAGUUUUAGAAGGUUUAUCAUCUGAUGAAAAGGAAAAAUUAAAAUUAACUUCAAUUGAAGAUUAUAAUUAUUUAAAUCAAGGUGGUGAUUAUAGAAUUGAAAAUGUUGAUGAAGUGGAAGAAUAUAAAUCAACUACUGAUGCUCUGUCUUUAAUUGGUAUAAAUAAAGAUAAACAAUUUGCAAUUUUCCAAAUCUUGGCUGCUUUAUUACAUAUUGGUAAUAUUGAAAUUAAAGCAACAAGAAAUAAUUCUUCACUAUCUUCAGAUGAACCAAAUUUAAUUAAAGCUUCUGAAUUAUUAGGUAUUGAUGCUUAUAAUUUUGCUAAAUGGAUUACUAAAAAGCAAAUCACAACAAGAUCUGAAAAAAUUGUUUCUGAUUUAAAUCAUCCACAAGCUUUAGUUGCAAGAGAUUCCGUGGCUAAAUAUAUUUAUUCUGCCUUAUUUGAUUGGUUAGUGUCAUAUAUUAAUACUGAUUUAUGUAACCCAGAAGUGGCAAAAGAUAUUAAGACUUUCAUUGGUGUUUUAGAUAUUUAUGGGUUUGAACAUUUUGAAAAAAAUUCAUUUGAACAAUUCUGUAUUAAUUAUGCAAAUGAAAAAUUACAACAAGAAUUUAAUCAACAUGUUUUCAAAUUAGAACAAGAAGAAUAUGUUAAUGAAAAAAUUGAAUGGUCUUUUAUUGAAUUUAGUGAUAAUCAACCAUGUAUUGAUCUUAUUGAAAAAAAAUUAGGUAUAUUAUCAUUAUUAGAUGAAGAAUCAAGAUUACCUGCAGGUAAUGAUGAAAGUUGGGUUACAAAAUUAUAUCAAACUUUAGAUAAACCACCAACUGAUAAAGUUUUCAAAAAACCAAGAUUUGGUCAAACUAAAUUCAUUGUUUCUCAUUAUGCACUUGAUGUUACUUAUGAUAUUGAAGGUUUUAUUGAAAAAAAUAGAGAUACUGUUUCUGAUGGUCAUUUAGAAGUUUUAAAAGAAUCUAAAAAUGAAUUAUUAGUGGAAAUCUUGGAUAAUUUAGAUAAGAUUGCAGAAGCUGCCAACAAGGAAAAAGAAGAAGCUGCAGCUGCACAAGCUGCCAAUAAAAGACCAGGUCCUGCAAGAACCGUCAAUAGAAAACCAACUUUAGGUUCAAUGUUCAAGAAUUCAUUGAUUGAAUUAAUGUCCACAAUCAAUUCAACAAAUGUUCAUUAUAUUCGUUGUAUUAAACCAAAUGAAGAAAAAGCUGCUUGGAAAUUUGAUCCAUUAAUGGUUUUAUCUCAAUUAAGAGCUUGUGGUGUUUUAGAAACUAUUAAAAUUUCAUGUGCAGGUUUCCCAUCAAGAUGGACAUAUGAAGAAUUUGGUAAUAGAUAUCAUGUUUUAUUAAGAUCAAAUGAAUUUGAAAGUAUAUUGAGUGGUACUGCUGAUAGUGAUACUGUUCGUCAAAUUUGUGAUUCAAUUUUGAAAAAAACUGUUGAUUCACAAGAAAAAUAUCAAUUAGGUCUUACAAAGAUUUUCUUCAAAGCUGGUAUGUUGGCUCAUUUAGAAAAAUUAAGAACUGAAAAAUUACAUAAUUCUGCAACUCUGAUUCAAAAAAUUAUUAGAAAAUUUUAUUAUCGUCGCAGAUUUUUAGAAGCAAGAGAAUCAAUUAUAAAAUUACAAUCAUUAUUAAUUGGUUUCAAUACAAGAAAUAAUGUUCAAAAAGAAAUUGAAAAUAAUGCUGCAACAAGUAUUCAAACUUUAAUUAGAGGUUAUAUUGCACGUAAAUAUUUCACUUCUGCUUCAACUUCAAUCAUUGCAUUACAAGGUUUAAUUCGUGCUAAACAAUCAAGAAUUACAUUUUUGGAACAACAAAAACAUAAUCAUGCAAUUGUUAUUCAAAAAUCUUUAAGAUCUUUUAAAGAAAAAUCUGAAUAUCAAAAAUUAAGAAAAGCUGCAGUUUUAACACAAUCUGCUCAUAGAAGUAAAAAAGCUAAAAUUCAAUUAAAACAAUUGAAAGCUGAUGCUAAAUCUGUUAAUAAAUUGAAAGAAGCAAGUUAUAAAUUAGAAAAUAAAGUGAUUGAAUUAACAACUUCAUUAACUACUAAAGUUAAAGAAAAUAAAUCUUUAACUGCAGAAUUAGAAUCAUUAAAACAAUCACUUGAAGAUUCUCAUAAAACUCAUGAAGAUUUGAAAACUAGAGAAUUAGGUCAUCAACAAAAAUUCACUGAACAAGCUGAUUCACACUCAAAAGAAAUUGAAGAUUUAAAUAAUGAAUUGAAUAAAUCUAAAGUUGAUUUAGAACAAGCAACUGAAAAAAUUAAAGAAUUAACUUCAUUACAAACUCAAUUGAAGAAUGAAGUUAAAGAAACUUUUGAACAAUUAAAUCAUGCAAAGGACGAAUUAUUAAAACAUGAAAACAAUGAAGAUGAUUUAAAGAAACAAAUUUCCACUUUGAAAAAUGAAUUAGAUAUUUUGACAAAACAAGUUGCAAGUGGUCGUCAUGCACCACCUUCAUCUUCAAGAUCACUUGGUAAUAAUAAUACAACACCAAAAAGAUCAAGACGUUUCAGUCAACAAUCACCAGCUCAUGAUGAUGAAAGUAAUAAUUAUAGUCCAAAACCAGUUUCAGUUAUACCGAUUACAAAUCAAGAAGAUGAUGCUGAAUCUACAUUAAGUUCAUUAUCUGCAAUUACAAAUGAAUUAUAUGCUUUAUUACAAGAUUCUAAAACAUUACAUACCGAAAUUGUUCAAGGUUUAUUGAAAAAUUUAAAAAUUCCAAUGGCUGGUGUUAUGGCAGAUUUAACUAAAAAGGAAGUUUUAUUCCCUGCAAGAAUUAUGAUUAUUAUUUUAAGUGAUAUGUGGAGACUUGGUUUAACAAAAGAAUCUGAAGAAUUCCUUGGUGAAGUUUUAGGACAAAUUCAAAGUAUUGUUCAUGGAUUAAAAGAUGACGAUAUUGUUCCUCAUGGUGCGUUCUGGUUAUCAAAUACUCAUGAAUUAUAUUCAUUUGUUUCAUAUGCUGAAAUGACUAUAUUAGAAAAUGAAACUAUAUCGAGUGAAAUGGGUGAAGAAGAAUAUCAAGAAUAUUUAAAAUUAGUUGCAGUUGUUAAAGAAGAUUUUGAUUCAUUAUCUUAUAAUAUUUAUAAUAUGUGGAUGAGAAAAAUGGAAAAAGAUUUAGAAAAAAAAGUUAUAUCAGCUGUUGUAUUAUCACAAUCAUUACCUGGUUUCAUGACUACUGAAUCUGCACCAUUAUUUUCCAAAAUGUUUUCACAAAGUAAUCAAUAUAAAAUGGAUGAUAUCUUGAGUUUUUUCAAUAAUGUUUAUUGGGCUAUGAAAACUUAUUAUAUAGAACCAGAAGUUAUGAAUGAAGUUAUAAUUGAAAUUUUAAGAUAUAUUGAUGCUGUUUGUUUUAAUGAUUUAAUUAUGAAACGUAAUUAUUUAUCAUGGAAACGUGGUUUACAAUUAAAUUAUAAUGUUACAAGAAUUGAAGAAUGGUGUAAAUCACAUGAAAUUCCAGAUGCAUCAAAUUAUUUAAUUCAUUUAUUACAAGCUGCUAAAUUAUUACAAUUAAGAAAAGGUUCAGUUGAAGAUAUUGAAAUUAUUUUUGAAAUUUGUUAUGCAUUAAAACCAGUUCAAGUUCAAAAAUUAUUAUCACAAUAUGCAGUUGCCGAUUAUGAAGCUCCAUUAGAUGAAAAAGUUUUAGGUGCAGUUGCAGAAAGAGUUAAAACUCAAGGAUCAAGUUCAGAUGAUUUCUUUGAACCUGUUACAAAAGAUGGUAGUUUUAAAGAUCCAUUUAGAUUAACAGAUUUAAGACCUUUUUCAAGAGUUGAAGCAUAUGUUCCAGCUUGGUUGAAUCUGCCAAAAGUUAGAAGAAUUGUCGAAUUAGUUACAAAAAAUGCAGCAGCUCAAGAAUAUUUGAAUAAUAGAUCAGAAAAUGGUGAAAUUGUUGAAGAAUUUGAUGAUCAUGAAGAGAAGAUUUGA